AUGGCUGCGGCAGACCCGAGGGUCUCAAAACUCCAGCAGCUGGAGGCCGCAGCCAAGGACAAGCUCAUCACGUUUGACGAGGCCCUGUUCACUGAGUUUGCGCUGUCAGCGGAACGCCCUUACCACCUGAUCGUGUUUGGCAACUCGCGGCGGCUCUUGGAGAGCCCCAAGCUGCAGCUCAAGAAGCUGAAGGAGGAGUUUGUCUACACCCUCAAGGCCUUCAAGUCUCAGCCGGAAAACGCGGAGCGCGUCUUUUUCGCGGAGCUGUGGCACGACGACUCAGCGCCCGUGUUCUCGCGCCUCGGGCUCAACGCGCUGCCGGCGCUGUUCCACUGGGGCCCCUCGCAGGUCGGCAAGCCCGGCAAGAAGGCCGCGCUGCCAGACGCCGCGAAGUGCGGCCAGGGCAUCACCACCUACCCCUGGCCGGCCGAGUCCAUCGCCGACUUCAUCAAGGGCCGCACCUUCCUCGCCCACGGCGCCAUCGACCGCCCCUCGUUCAUCAAGUCGCCCGUCUUCCCCCUGUUCGCGCUGGCGCUGCUGGGGGGCGGCGGGUACGUGGCGUGGGUGCUGUACAACUCAUGGAUCGUGCGGAUGACCUGGAUCUGGUGCCUCGGGUCGCUGGCGAUCUAUGGUGCGCAGGCCCAGGCGUUGUUGUGGGGGCGCGGCAGCCGCAGCCGCAGCCGGCUUCUCAAGGGAGGCCACGACUUCGUUUUGCACCAGUAG